CGGCCAGACGCUGGGUCAUCUCUCUGGUUUAUUCAAGUGUAAACGCGACCGCCCGCUCCCCCCGCCCACCCCCAUUGUUAAAUACAAGCCUGGAGCACGGCUGGCUCCACAGUCACUUUCUCCUUAGGAGACUCACAGCCGCUCCAGCCUGGCCCUGGCCGCGCUAGCUGGGGCGACCCCGGCUCUGCCCGCUGCCAGCCCAGUCCAAGUCGCUGGUGCCUGGUGCAGUGUGGGGCCCACUGCCAACACGGUUGCCCUGGCCCUGGCCCUGGCCCUGCCUGCGGCCAGCGCGGGACAUCCACGGGCAGAUGCUGGCAGCAUGGAGGACGAUGGCAGCAGCUGGCCUGGCUGCCGGCAGAACCGAGGCCAUCGGGCCACGCGGGGCAGCGGCAGAGAUGGCUCAAGCCGUCUGUGGGGCUCUCGUCCGAGGCGGCGGCCUCCUCCCGUCCUGCGGAAAUACUGCGAAGGCCGAAGCGGCCUGGGUCACGGUUCCCAUGGGGAGCAGCACGUCGCACGUGGGUGCGGAGGGUCCCAGCUCCCCUCAGAGCCUGCAGCACCAUCACCCUGGGGCGACCGGGCUGAGGGGCUGCUGCUAAAGCUGCACAUCACUGGAAAUAUACUCGUUAUUGCUGCACGAGGGUCAAGUCAGCCCCGCACCUCCACCUUUCCCCAGCAACCAGGGCCCUGGGUGGAGCUGCAAGCCCCCAGGGUGCAAAGGGAGCUGAGCCACCAGCCCAUGGCUGGGGCUAUGAGACCCAAGGGGAUGCCCAGCCCUGGGUGCAGGAGCCUGUACGGCUCAAAGGGCAGGAGGCCGGAGGCCAAGGGGACAACGAGGCCAAGCUGCCCCGGACCCCUGCACCCCCCUCACGCCUGGGGCCAAGCAUCCCGGACACGGGAGCCACGCACUCCUGCUGCCUGGGGAGGGGCAGAGGCCCUGGCGUCCUGCACACGUUGCCUGGAAGCCUGGAAAAAGCAUCCGGACUCUGAGGACGGCUCCAGGGACUGGAGGGUGCAGGGCAGGGAGCAGGGCCCAGCCAGCCCAGCGCCUCCGGCCACGAGCGCCAGCGUUGCCACUGUGCGCUGCCUGGGGCCAGCCCGUGUCACUGCCCCCGCACAGGCGGUGAGCAAGGUCCCAUGGCCAGUGCCAGCGCCAGGGCUGGAACCAGACCUCAGGGUCCUGCCUCCCAGGCCAGCCAGUCUGCCAGCCGCUCCCCUCACCUGGCUCGGGAGACCCCUGGCUCCCGCCAACAUCCCGACCUCCAGUCCCACGCCCCCGAUGCUGCAGAGCCAAGGGUCCGAGUCCCCGUCCUCACUCAUCCCGGCUCCCACUGUCCACAGGGAGCCAGUGCCCUCGGGGGAGGCUGGGCCCGGCCAGCCGGGCUGACAGGGCAGGCUGGAGGGCUGGGCUGGGUGCCCCCGGCCAGC